UGGUCUUUUCUUACACACGAAAAUAAAGCUAUAUUUUUGCUAAAAUGUGGCGAAUAUUAAGGCGAUCUGCACGUUCUGUUAGACGCUUGCAGUAUCAUGUUUGCUCGUACUGUUCAUCAACUAACCCUAGAAAGGAAAAUCUCUACGAUGUAACGAUUGUUGGAGGAGGAAUGGUUGGGGCUAGUUUGGCAUGUGCCUUGGGAUUUGAAGGUGCCUUGUCCAAGCAUAGAGUUCUUGUAGUAGAAGCUGGACAUGACAGACCAUUUGAGCUCCCAGAGAAGUACAGCAACCGUGUGAGUUCCAUUACUCCAGGGUCCAGGAAGUUGCUGGAAAGUGUCGGGGCAUGGGAUCACAUCAGCAACAUGAGAGUCAAGCAUUACAAAAGAUUAAAUGUCUGGGAUGCCUGUGGUGAUGGCCACAUUGUGUUUGACUCCUCCCCAGACCUCAACUCAGAUAGUGACAUGGCCUGCAUUGUCGAGAACAAUGUUAUUGUUGCUGCUCUCAAUAAACAGAUGAAACUACUGGAACCAACUGUCACAGUCAAAUAUGGCGCCAGAAUUAAAAAGAUCAAUUUCCCUGAUCCAGCAUGGGCUAUGGAAAGUGAGACAAGAGGGAAUCCAUGGAUGGAAGUUGAGCUUGAAGAUGGAUCUGUCAUCCAGUCAAGGCUGCUUGUUGGGGCAGAUGGUGCAGCAUCGACAGUGAGAAAAGCCACUGAUAUUGAAUAUCUUUCCUGGAGUUAUGAACAGUGGGGUGUUGUAGGAACACUCAGGCUUGGUGAGAUAACAGAAAAUGUGGUGGCAUGGCAAAAGUUUUUACCAACAGGGCCACUUGCUCUUUUGCCACUGAGUGAGACCCACAGUUCUGUUGUAUGGACAACUACUCGUGAGCAUGCUCAAGAACUUGUCUCACUUCCUGAAGACAGAUUUGUAGAUGCUAUCAACAAUGCUUUUUGGGAAGACAUGGAUCGCCACCCUGCAGUAGACACUGCCUCCAAGCUGGCACAGUCAAUUUCUUCAUUCAUUGAACCAUUUGCAGGCUCAUCAUCUGCGGUUCAGAUGCCGCCAAGCAUCUCUGGCGUCGAGGAGGGCAGCAGAGGGAUGUUCCCGCUAGGGUUAGGCCAUGCAACUCACUAUGUUCAGCCCCGCCUUGCACUUAUUGGAGAUGCAGCACACCGCGUCCACCCUCUUGCUGGUCAGGGUGUGAAUCUAGGGUUUGGUGAUGUGGCAUGCCUGAGGGAUGUGCUUGUGGCAGCAGCAAAAGAUGGAUGUGACCUGGGUUCUCUUGACCACUUAUUGCAGUAUGAAACAGAGCGACAGAGAAGUGUUGUGCCCAUGAUGGCAGCAGUAGAUUUCCUCAAAAGACUGUUCUCCACUUCUCAUGCCUUGCCUGUAGCGGCACGCACCCUGGGCCUACUCACAACUAAUGCGCUGACACCAGUCAAGGAGCAAAUUAUUUCCUUUGCAAUGAAGUAAAGACAAGGAGAAAUAAAGGACUGUUAUUACAUACAACAGAAUAUAAUAAAGUACUAAAUUUAAUUUUAAAAGCAAUAAAAAAUGCUUUUCAGGA